AUGCCUCAUAGAUUUGUGAAGCGCUCUCCAAAUGUGCGUGUCAUCCUGGACUGCACAGAAGUUGCUUUAGAGGGGGCAUCAUCACUAACUUUACAGUCUGAAACCUUCUCUGCGUACAAGAACCGCACCACUCAGAAAGGGCUGAUCGGAGUUGCUCCCAAUGGGUUGGUGACGUUUAUAUCACAGCUGUACACUGGCUGCAUCUCCGACAAAGAGAUCACUAAAAUCAGUGGAAUUCUUCCGCUGCUGGAGCCAGGAGAUGAAGUCAUGGCAGAUAAGGGCUUCCUCAUUCAAGACCUCCUUGAUGAAGUUGGGGCCAAACUCACAAUGCCACCUUUUCGACAUCCUGUCCAAAUGGGGGUGAUUCUGAUGGGUCAUACACCCUGCCAUCAGGACUUGCCCCAAGAUGUGGUGCCCCGGGGUGAAUGA